CUGUGGCUGGGACAUCUGGAAGGCCGGACGCUGGGGUUCCACUGACAGCAGGACUGGGGAGGCAGUGGAGUCAGGGUUGGUUUGGACCCUUUAAAGUGGACCUACUUUUUAAUAUCCCUGGAGUUGUUGGGGGAGGCAGUGGGUGGUGGGGCUGAAGUUCUGCACCAGCCCCAGGCUAGGCACUCAUGUCUGGAGCACACAGGUGGCAUUUCCAGCUUCAGGCACCUGGGAGAACAGAGAGCAAGAAGGAACACAAGGUGUUUAAUGACAUGAGGUUUUCUGGAAAGAGACUCGAACUGCUGAGGGUUUGGAUUGAGACUGUUUUAAAAGUGCUUCUUUAACAAGCUCUCUUGAGCGCUCUCCCCACCAGGCACUGAGCGCCCCAAGGUGAGCAGACUGCCUGGGCUUCCGUGUCCAGAGCCAGAGCCGCAGGCACUGAAAUGCAGAUCCCAGGGCCCACCCAUGACCUUCUGAUACGGAGUGCUGGAGGCAUCUGCAUUUUCCAAGUUCCCCGGCCCUUUGAUACCUCUUUCCCGCCGCUCUGAAGUUAACUAGCUCCGUCCUCCUGCAUCCUGCUCUCCAGCUGCACUCGCUCACGGGCCAGGAUGGGAUUCUGUCUGGCCCUACGCAUGGUGCUGCUGCUCCUGUCCGGGGUCCUGGCCCCUGCAGUACUCACAGCCGAGGGCCCGCAGGAGCCCGCGCCCACCCUGUGGAACGAGCCCGCCGAGCUGCCGUCGGGAGAAGACCCCGUGGAGAGCACCAGCCCCGCCCGGGAGCCCGAGGCCACCGGGCCCCCGGCCCCCACCGCCGCGCCGAGCCCCGAGGACAGCACGGCGCGGGAGCGUCUGGACCAGGGUGGCGGCUCGCUGGGGCCCGGCGCCAUCGCGGCCAUCGUCAUCGCCGCCCUGCUGGCCACCUGCGUGGUGCUGGCGCUCGUGGUCGUCGCGCUGAGAAAGUUUUCCGCCUCCUGAAGCGAAUAAAGGGGCCGCGCCCUCGCCGCGGCGCGACUCGGCUCUACCCUC